AGCACUAGUCGGAGGUGCGCGAGCCGGGCGGAGGCUGCAGCGGAUUCUUUUUAUUCACUCCUGGAGCUUACUGACCAGUAGCAGAAAUGUCACAGUUAAAGUUGUGCUUGCUAGCAGUAUUAGAAGUCCAGAAGAAAGCCUGCAUAUAGGAUCUAAAUCUCAGAUGGCAAGCAGAAGGCAAGAAAUGGAUAGGACGCAAAGGAAAGAAAAUACAGACCAUCGCGAAUGCAGGCGUGUUGAAUUUGAAAAAUUUGAUCCAGCCAACCCAGAUUCUAAAAUCGAAGCUCUGAUCUCAUCUGCCGUGUCACCGAACAACAAUAGCUUUUUUGAAAAUAUGUCAUCAUUGUACACUGUCCCGGAACAUAGACACCAUGUAAAGUGUGAAAGUUCUAAAGCUGGGAUUCUGAAACACAACAGCCAAAAUGAAGAGGAAAUAAAUGCUGGACUGCUUUUAACUGAAACUACAUGUAAAAAAUACGCUUUGAGGAAAAAACCAAUGAUUCAGUAUAAUCGAGAAAAUAGUUUGGAACAAAUCGAGUUUGAAAAAUACUGCAAGAGUCUUUCCAUUCCUUCAGCAUCUGCAGAAGCGUAUCAAGAUUAUGGAGCAGUCUCUCGUUUGCCUCUUAAAAGGACACUUUUAAAUAAGAACCCAAAAACUAAAUGCAAAGGCAGUCGGAAGAUGUUAGUUAAAAUAGCAAAAAUCAAUACUCAGAAGUACCAGAUGUACACAGAAAGAAAAACAAAAAUGUGCCAAAAGCUUUUACUGCACAAUAACGUGAGUGCAGGAGUCAAAACACAUCACGUUACUCUGCCAGAGCAAAACACAGCUGCGUUACCAACAGUGAAGAAAGGUAGGAGAAGCAAGGUGAUGGUGUUACCGACAAGCGAUAUUCCUGUCGUUAUCAAAAGGAAAAGAGGUAGGCCAAGGAAAGUAUUACCUGAAGGGAGCAGUGAAGCUACCAAUCAUGUGAAGAGAAAACCCAGGCAUCACAAACUUUCUCCACCACAACCUACUUAUAUUGCUGGAUCCAAUGACAACACAACAGACUAUGCAGAUGUUUUGUCCAAAUUGGCUUUUUUAACUAAACAGAGUCUGAUCCUGGGUCGAUGCUCACCACCCAGGUGUUGGUCACCUAGUGAUCCGGGAUCAUUUCAGAGAUCAGCUUCUAUGCAUCAGGACAUGUCUCAGUUUUACCGUACAUUGGCAGGUACUCGAAGAAGAGGUGGAAAAGCAGGGUGUUCACGAGGAAGGCAACUGGGGCAAUUUGCAGAAUCAUCUUCUACUUUCAGUGAUUUCUUUGAGGGCAUUGGAAAGAGAAAGCGGAUUUUCUUGGGUGAAACCAAGCUAUAUGCCAGAAAAUGCAAAUGGGGCACAGAAAUGAAAGAGAAACCUGUUCAAAGGAGGAAACCAUAUAAGCGUGCACUACCAUUUCCAGAACACGGAAUUUUUCGGAAUAUGAAUGCUGAAAAUUCAGAAUGGGCAAGACAAAAUGAAAACUUUUGGCCUGUGGGCCAAGGUUAUCCUUCGAAGCAACCAAUCAGAAAUGGUUUGUAUCCAUCUUACCCUGGUAUGUCUACACAAUCAUUUCCCAAUACUAUUUGGGAGUCUGGUUCUAUGUCAAGGAAUGGCUAUUUGAUGGGUUGUUUAUCCUCCAACCAAAGCAGUGUCGCUCAACAAAGUCCAGGCUGCAUUGCUGGCUAUUUCCGGUCCUUACUUGAUUCAGAUGAUUCGUCAGACUUGAUGGAUUUAUCAUUUUCGCAGACUGGGCAAGAAUCGUGUAACCUGAGUGGAAGCUUUGGUGUCAGCAAUUCAGUGCAGCCAUCAAGACACUUAACUCAUUACCAGGAAGGAUUUGAUAAAACUAAUUCUCCUAGUUGCAUUGGCAGCCAGCAACAUACAAAUCAAACAGGACAGACUUAUCCACAAAUGAUUGCAGACAAUUCAGAUAAUGUUGAUUUCGGCUCCUCGUAUCAUCCUUCUGAUUCAGAAACUUUCCAAAGAGUUGCUGCUCAGCCACCUCUUUCGAGACCGACAGGACUCUCAUGCCAACAGACUGCAGAUAGCUUUGUUCAGUAUAGUAACUACAGACCGAAAGCUCAAAGUUUCAGUAAUUCAGAUGUGCUGCCACAACCUCGAGAGUAUUCUGGUCUUGACUUUCUUGGUAACAGAGAUUGCUCGUUUGGCUAUGAUACAAGCAAUAAUGUUACUUCUUCACAAGCCAAUUCAACUGAGACAUAUAGUCAUCAUGUAAUUGGAUCAAAUCUACAUUUUAAUAAGACGUCUUCAUUUAACGCUUUUAAGCCAGAUCACAGUCCUCUGACUUUACAAACAUCUUUAACUUCUGAGAAUCAAUCUGAUGCAGCCUGUUCCAUGGACCACGCAUCUCAGAAAUAUUUAAAUUCAUUGCAGUUAUCAGCUGAUACUUCCAGGAUGGCGUUUUCCAGAGGUCUUCAACUGAGCUGCAAAUCCAGUUUUAAUCUUUGCGAUGGGAAUAUGGCAUAUUUUAAUCACCAUUACACACCAAUGUUGGAUUACAACCUGAAUGAGUCAAAAGACAUCUUGGAUAUUUCAAACUAUACACCCCAGAAAGUAAAGCUAAGGUCCUUUCCAGAGACUUACAGUGAAUCCUCAUCCCACUUUAACACAUCUUUUGAGAAUUCUGAAGGAGGUGUUAACAUUUGUGGUAAUAUGGCAAGUGAAGAGAAAUCUAGUCUCUCAAGUCUAGAAAAAUUGAUGAUGGACUGGGACGAAACAGUACCUGUUGAAAGAUCUGGACCGAAAGUUGGUUCCAAACGUCAGUGGAACCAUCAUGUCCCAUUCCCCACUGAUUCAAGAGCUGUGUAUGGAAGACGGAAACGAGUUGAUAUGUCCAGCCCUUCUCAGUUGGUUUUUCCAGCUUCACCCUCAUUUCCUUCUAGAAAAGGUGCAUUACCAAGACAGGUGAGGAACACCAGGGGACUUUGUGCUUCAAAUAAGAGAGAUCAAUUUAUUCGCAAAUCAAAGCUGUUACAGAGAACUCAAGGAACCAAUCCUAUAUUCUCUGAAAGUGCAGACUGUGCUUUAGAUUAUGGCUACAGUCCAGAUAGCAGUAUGCCCCCAACACUUUCUAACACCCAAAACUUUCAAGUUCAAAAAAAUGAUCAGAAAGAAUACUGUAGCUUAUACUCUUCAGGCUGUUCGACACCAAUGCCUGAUGAAAAUUAUUCCCCAAUAUUUUCUGGCAAUGAUGUUCAAGAGACUCUGUAUUCAGACCUAAAGCAGUCUACAUUAGAAACUGAACCAUUUCAAAGCCCUCACCAGCAGCUAUCUGCCCAAGCACUGCAACAUUCAAUCAACCCUGAUCAUGAAGGGCUUCUGUCUGAGAACCCAGAUUUUUUUAGUUUGCGCACCCCUGGGUAUGUGGACAAUCUAGAGUCAAGUGAAGGGAAAAAACAUUCAGCUUUUUACGAUGCAUUGGAAAACAGCUCAGGAACAAAUGUGGCUCCGAGGACAACACCAGCCAACAGAGAUUUAUCAGUGUCACAGCUCCAGUUUGAACCUGAUAAUCCACCUCUGGAACCGAGCACCAGAUAUUUGCAGAAUUCUACCAGCUGCAGUUCAUUAGUUGAGAGCAAGAAAGAAGCUGACAUGCCCCUGUUUGUAAUGCAGGGAAGACAUAAUCCACCCAGUUCUGCACCCCAAAUGAUCCCUCUAAAUAUGGUAGCACAGAUGGACAAAGAAACACAGAAGAUGGCGAUAGAUUACAGCAGUUCGGUAUACGCUAAUGCGAUGUUAUCUACAGCAAAUGCUUCGCCUGCAUCAAGUGAUUCUUCUAUUCAUGUGGACAAUAACUACGCAGACAAACAAGGGAACCGUAGACAGGCACCAAUGGGCUUACUACUGGACCAAAAUCAGGAUGAGGUGUACACAGGAAAUGCUUCACAGUGACUUCUGAUGAUAUUGCAAAACAUUCAGUGCAAUUAGGAUGAUUGGAUCAAGGGUUUUGUGGAGCAAUUAGGAACGCACAUAGUCUGCAUGAAUUCAUUGGAGAGUUUUGUUGUGAACUGACUUAUUCAGGAAAACUGCAUUUCGGCUUUAAAGAGUAAUAUUAAGAUGGACUCCUGCAGAGACAAUCACAAAGAGUUGUGGGAAGGUGAGCAGAAGGAUGCAGACAGAGGAAUUGCACUUUGAAAACUGCAGUGAAGAAGCUGUUGCUAUAUUCACAUUUGGAAAAAAAAUAUGAAAAACUGGCUGCAAAAUGCUGACUCUUCUCUCAUACACAAUCCAUCUUUUAGACAGCUACAAAAAUGAGGUUCUAGGAUGCACUUACUCAGCUGGAUUCCUGCUGUUCUGUGCCAGAGAAGCAUCAAGUUGAACUAUUACACUGCAAGGAAAGAAAGAUCACAGGCGGCACCUCUGUCAUUGGAGAAACCCUCCACAGGUUCAUUGAUGACAUCAUGUACAAACUAAUGUGUCUGUCCAGAGCAGAAUGCCUAGGAGAAAGUGAGGACUGCAGAUGCUGGAGAUCAGAACUUAAAAAUGUGUUGCUGGAAAAGCGCAGCAGGACAGGCAGCAUCAAAGGAACAGGAGAAUCGACGUUUCGGGCAUAAACCCCUUCUUCAGGAAUCAGAGCAGAAUGCCUCCUACUGAGCAGGCCAACUGUAGGGAUGGACUGCUGCUUCAGGCACAACACUCUUUUCAUAAUACACCUAUACUUUACACAAGCGGUUUGUAUCCAAAUGGUCAGAUCAAUUUUGUCUUUCUAUUUUUUGAAUUCUUUAUGAAAUAAACUAAUGCAAAACAAACUUUAACAAGAUCUUGACUUCCUGGAAAAGACAGAUGGUUGGAUGGAUCAUCAGUGUUGCACAAGUUGGAAAAUAAAGGAAUAUUUCAUGUGGUAUGGAGGGAAUGUGGGUGAGAGAGCAGAGAGACGGAAUCUGGGAGAGACAGUAGGGGAAUGUGGCAAAGAGGAGAAGGAACAUGAAAGUUUAACGUAAUUUCUGUAUCUCUCUGUUGUAUAGAAUAUGCACUUGGAGUUAAUAGCAUGUUACCCUUGUGUUGAAAUAUCUUGUGGGCAUUUUUAAUUGAUCUUUCUUUUGCACAGUAUUUAUAGUUUAUUACUGUAAUGCUGAUGAUGCAGUGUUGAGACUAGAGUUUCUGGAUAAUGGUCUGAUUAGCCCAGCCAUUGUAUAACAUAUCGAUUGUUUAAUGAUGGUAGAAUCUGAUUUGUGUUGCCUCUAUCCUUUGUCUCUACAGCUUUGAGAUCUUUGAGGAAAAUUUCAAAUCUUUCCAUGGCUUUUCUCAACUCAGUUGCAGUGAUCAGCACCAGCCCUGCACCCCAUCCUCUGAUAUGUGAUUACAGAAUAUUCCCAAAUCCCUCCAAUGGGCAGCUGCUGCUUCAACCAAUAUGCCUUUUCUGCAGGAUCUCAGUCUUGUUGCCUUCUCCCUUUCAAGUACCUGCCAAAGGCUGGACUGUGACCAAGACUAAUUCCCCAGGACCUUUCAGGUGUAUCAGCUCUUGCCGUAUGUUGGACAUGAUAGCGUCAAGUCCCGCUUCAGGACCUGAGCAUGACGAUCAAGACUGAUAUUCAGCGCAGUACUGAGGGAAUGCUGCACUGUCAGAAGUGCUGUCUCUCAGAUGAGACACUAAAUUGAGUCUCAUCUGCUCUCUCAGGUGGAUGUGAAAGUUUCCAGGCAUUAUUUGAAGCCACUCAGAGAGUUCUCCACAAUUAUCUCUCACAAAUAACAUUAGAAAUAAUGGAUUAUACAGAUAUUAUCGCAUUGCGGGAGCUUGCUUGCAAAUUAACCAUCACCUUUCUUGAAACAAAGUUAAAAAUCACACAACACCAGGUUAUAGUCCAACAGGUUUAAUUGGAAGCACACUAGCUUUCGGAGCGACGCUCCUUCAUCAGGUGGUAGUCAAAUCAUUUCUUGAAACAGUAACUGUAUUUCAAAAGUAUAGCAUUAACUAUAGAGCAUUUUGCCAAAUUUGAUUAUAGGGAAAAGUAUAUUAUAGGGCCAGAUGGGAUAUACCCAAGGUUAGUACAGGAAGUGAGGGAAGAGAUUGCUG